UUCUUCCUUUUUUUUCUAAUUAAAAUCAACCGUCCACCACGUUUUUGGACCAAACAUUCACAUUUUGUGUGGUUUUUGUGUUCUUAAUCCUCCAAUUUUCUUGUUGUUUAUACUGUAUCCUAUCAACCCCACGUACACAAACUAAAGCACUGUAAGAUUUUAAUUUCUUGCCAUUUUAAUACCAUUGAUCAGCUCUGAAUAGCUAAAUAAACUGCAGAUUGAUUAAUACAGAGAGGGAUUAAUCAAUAAAAACAAAGUGAAAAGUGUAAGAAAAUGGCUUUACAGUUGAAUGCUACUGCAUCUUGUUUUUACAAUUACUAUGGUACAAGUAACAAUAACCAAAAGAUGAACAUGAACCAAGGAAGAAAUGUUAUAAGGGCAGUUACAUCUGUUGAGGAUAAUACUUCUACUUCUACUUCUACUGCUACAUCAUCUGUUGAGAAGAUAAAGUUGGGAGGUUCUGAUUUGGAUGUCACUAAAUUGGGUAUUGGUGCUUGGUCUUGGGGUGAUACCAGCUACUGGAACAACUUUGAAUGGGAUGACAGGAAGAUGAAAGCAGCCAAGGCAGCAUUUGACACUAGUCUUGAUUAUGGAAUCAAUUUCAUAGACACUGCUGAGGUCUAUGGCUCCAGGUUUUCGUUUGGAGCAAUCAAUUCUGAGACUCUUCUUGGAAGAUUUAUUGAGGAACGGAAAAAGAAGGAUCCAGAGGUGGACGUUGCAGUUGCAACCAAGUUCGCUGCACUGCCAUGGAGAUUAGGACGUGAAAGUGUUGUUGCUGCUCUCAAGGAUUCUCUGUCUCGCCUUGGUCUCUCUUCUGUUGAGCUUUAUCAACUACACUGGCCAGGAAUUUGGGGAAAUGAAGGGUAUAUUGAUGGUCUUGGUGAUGCUGUUGAGAAGGGCCUCGUGAAGGCAGUGGGGGUUUCUAAUUAUAGUGCGAAGCGGCUACGUGAUGCGUAUCAGCAGCUAAAGAAAAGAGGCAUUCCUCUGGCUUCAAACCAAGUCAACUACAGCCUUAUAUAUAGGCUCCCUGAGGAGAAUGGUGUCAAGGCUACCUGCGAUGAGCUUGGGGUCACUUUGAUUGCUUAUUCACCAAUUGCUCAAGGUGCUUUAACCGGAAAGUACACCCCAGAAAAUCCACCUUCAGGUCCACGAGGUCGCAUAUAUACUCCAGAAUAUCUCACCAAGCUUCAACCGCUAGUAAACAGGAUUAAGGAGAUAGGACAGAAUUAUGACAAGACUAACACCCAGGUGGUUCUGAACUGGCUGAUAGCACAACAAAAUGUGGUUCCUAUACCUGGUGCUAAAAAUGGGGAACAGGCUGCAGAGUUCGCGGGUGCACUUGGGUGGCAACUCAGUGACGAAGAAAUUGCAGAGCUGCGUUCUCUAGCAAAAGAAAUAAAGCCCAUUAUUGGCUUUCCGGUUGAAAAACUGUAGAAAUGUCAGCUGGUAUUUUCAACAUCAAAUUGUUUUUGUCGCUGUAAAAUCGACAUCGUCAACAACAAUCAUAUACAGCACUCAUUUAGCGUUGGUAAUAUACGUCUAUACUCAAAAUACCCAUUAUAUUUGUAAAUAAAUUUGAGUCAUGUAAUAUCAAAUUUUGCAGUACAUAUUUUAGAUGUUAUGGGACGAAACAAAACUUUAAUAGAAUGAAAACCAUCCAAGAAUAUAUCAGGUUAAGUA